AUAACGAGCUCCAAAUCAUUAGGCGAGUGCCAAGAUUUCUAUCGCACAAAGACCUGGACUAUCGCUGCACUUCAUCAAUUUGUCAACAUCUCCUCCAGUCGCCAAAUUCGAGCGCCACGAUUUGCUCAACAUGGUAAGCCACUCGAAUUAUUCUACCUUCUCAUAAACGUUUUACGCACUCGCUUGCCUCCAAAGUCCGGAAAAAAAGUGGCAGCCGCCCCAUUCCCCCAGUCUAAGGCUGGAGCUGGGUCCAAGAAGCCGGCUAAGAACCCACUCAUCGAGAAACGUUCUCGAAAUUUCGGAAUCGGGCAGAACAUUCAACCGCGACGGAAUCUUUCUCGUAUGGUGAAAUGGCCUGAGUAUGUUCGUCUACAACGUCAAAAGAAAAUACUUCAUUUGCGCCUAAAAGUUCCACCUGCUAUCGCUCAAUUCCAAAAUGUCUUAGACCGUAAUACUGCCACAAAAGCAUUCCAUCUCCUUAACAAGUACCGACCAGAGACUAAGGUACAGAAAACUAAGCGCCUCCUUCUUGAAGCUGAGGCAGUGAGACUUGGCAACAAAGAAGACGUCAGCAAGAAGCCUUACACCGUCAAGUAUGGGCUGAACCACGUCGUUGGAUUAAUCGAAAACAAGAAGGCAACACUUGUUCUCAUCCCAAAUGAUGUCGACCCAAUUGAAUUGGUAAUCUUUCUUCCCGCACUCUGCCGAAAGAUGGGCAUCCCAUACGCCAUUAUCAAAGGUAAGGCUAGACUUGGCACCGUUGUCAACAAAAAAACCGCAGCCGUGCUCGCUAUAACUGAAGUACGCUCUGAAGAUAAGACUGAGCUAUCUAAACUAAUUCAAACCAUCAAAGAGGGGUACGCUGAAAAAUAUGAGGAAGCAAAGAGACACUGGGGAGGUGGAAUAAUGGGUGCAAAGGCCAAUGCCCGAUCAGCGAAAAAGCAAAAAGCUAUCGAUUCUACCAUAAAGAUUUAG